AGCACAGUAGUGUGGAGCUGUGUGCAGUGCAGCAGUAGGAAGAAAAAGAAGAAGUCACCCACCUGUUUAGCCUCAUUUUUCAAUUAGCCGUUCGUUUUAAUUUCCACUGAAACAAAUCAAGAAUGUCGCUCGAACACGAGAAGGACCCAGGAUGGCAGUACCUGAAAAGGUCGAGAGAGCAACAGCUCGCGGAUCAAUCCCGCCCAUACGAUUCGAAGAAGAACGUCUGGAUUCCAGAUGCCGAAGAAGGAUACAUUGAGGGAGUUAUUAAGGGUCCAGGACCAAAGGCCGAUACUGUUAUCGUUACCGCCGGAGGCAAAGAUGUAACUUUGAAGAAGGAUAUCGUUCAAGAAGUCAAUCCACCAAAGUUCGAGAAAACCGAAGACAUGUCCAACUUGACUUUCCUUAAUGACGCCUCCGUUCUGUGGAAUUUGCGUUCCCGUUACGCUGCUAUGCUUAUCUAUACCUACUCUGGACUUUUCUGCGUUGUCAUCAACCCAUACAAACGUCUCCCAAUUUACACUGACUCUGUUGCUCGUAUGUUCAUGGGCAAGCGUCGUACCGAGAUGCCACCUCAUUUGUUCGCUGUCUCUGAUCAAGCCUACCGUUACAUGCUUCAAGACCAUGAGAAUCAGUCUAUGCUUAUUACCGGAGAAUCUGGAGCCGGAAAGACUGAAAACACAAAGAAGGUUAUUUGCUACUUUGCCACCGUCGGAGCUUCACAAAAGGCUGCUUUGAAGGAGGGAGAGAAGGAAGUUACCCUUGAAGACCAGAUCGUUCAAACCAAUCCAGUAUUGGAAGCUUUCGGUAACGCCAAGACUGUCCGUAACAACAAUUCUUCCCGUUUCGGAAAGUUCAUCCGUAUUCACUUCAACAAGCACGGAACUCUUGCUUCCUGCGAUAUUGAACACUAUCUUCUCGAGAAAUCUCGUGUCAUCCGUCAAGCUCCAGGAGAGCGUUGUUACCAUAUCUUCUACCAAAUCUACUCAGAUUUUAAGCCACAACUCCGUGACGAGCUUCUUCUCAACCAUCCAAUUUCCAACUAUUGGUUUGUUGCUCAAGCUGAGUUGCUCAUUGAUGGAAUCGAUGACACUGAGGAGUUCCAAUUGACCGACGAGGCCUUUGAUGUUCUCAAAUUCUCGCCCACCGAGAAGAUGGAUUGUUAUAGACUCAUGUCGGCUCACAUGCACAUGGGUAACAUGAAAUUCAAGCAACGCCCACGUGAGGAGCAAGCCGAGCCAGAUGGCCAAGAUGAAGCUGAGAGAGCUUGUAACAUGUACGGAAUUGAUGUCGAUCAAUUCCUUAAGGCUUUGGUGUCUCCAAGAGUCAAGGUCGGAACCGAAUGGGUAUCCAAGGGACAGAACGUUGAUCAAGUUCACUGGGCUAUUGGAGCCAUGGCUAAGGGGUUAUACGCUCGUGUCUUCCACUGGCUUGUCAAGAAAUGUAAUCUUACUCUUGAUCAAAAGGGAAUUGAUCGUGAUUAUUUCAUCGGAGUACUCGAUAUUGCUGGAUUCGAAAUCUUCGACUUCAAUUCCUUCGAACAGCUCUGGAUUAACUUCGUCAACGAAAAACUCCAACAAUUCUUCAACCAUCACAUGUUCGUUCUUGAGCAGGAAGAGUACGCCCGUGAAGGAAUCCAAUGGACAUUCAUUGAUUUCGGACUUGAUCUCCAAGCUUGUAUCGAGCUUAUUGAGAAGCCACUCGGUAUCAUCUCUAUGCUUGAUGAGGAGUGUAUUGUUCCAAAGGCUACUGACAUGACUCUUGCCCAGAAGCUUACCGAUCAACAUCUUGGAAAGCAUCCAAACUUCGAAAAGCCAAAACCACCAAAGGGAAAGCAAGGAGAGGCUCACUUCGCCAUGCGGCAUUACGCCGGAACUGUCCGUUACAACGUGUUGAACUGGCUCGAGAAGAACAAGGAUCCUCUCAACGACACCGUUGUCUCCGUCAUGAAGGCUUCGAAGAAGAACGACCUUCUUGUCGAAAUCUGGCAAGAUUACACCACCCAAGAAGAAGCUGCUGCCGCCGCUAAGGCCGGAGGUGGUCGCAAGGGAGGAAAGUCUGGAUCUUUCAUGACUGUAUCCAUGAUGUACAGAGAAUCUCUCAACAAGCUCAUGACUAUGCUUCACAAGACUCAUCCACAUUUCAUCCGUUGUAUCAUUCCUAACGAGAAGAAACAAUCUGGAAUGAUUGAUGCCGCCCUUGUGCUCAACCAGCUUACAUGUAACGGAGUGUUGGAAGGAAUUAGAAUUUGCAGAAAGGGAUUCCCCAACAGAACUCAACAUCCAGAUUUCGUCCAACGUUACGCUAUCCUUGCCGCCAAGGAAGCCAAGUCAUCGGAUGACAUGAAGACUUGUGCCGGAGCUAUCCUUCAAGCACUUAUCAAUCAAAAACAAUUGAAUGAUGAACAAUUCAGAAUUGGACACACUAAAGUCUUCUUCAAGGCUGGAGUUGUUGCCCACAUUGAAGAUCUGAGAGAUGACAAGCUUAACCAGAUUAUCACUGGAUUCCAAUCUGCCAUCCGUUGGUACACUGCCACUGCUGAUGCCGGAGCAAGACGCAAGCAACUCAACUCAUACAUCAUCCUUCAACGCAACAUCCGUUCCUGGUGCGUCCUCCGUACUUGGGAUUGGUUCUUGCUGUUCGGAAAGCUCCGUCCACAACUUAAAUGCGGAAAGAUGGCUGAAGAAAUGAUCAAGAUGGCUGAAGAGCAAAAGGUUCUUGAAGCUGAAGCCAAGAAGGCCGAAUCUGCCAGAAAAUCUCAAGAAGAGGCUUACGCCAAGCUGUCCGCUGAGAGAUCAAAACUUUUGGAAGCUCUCGAGCUUACCCAAGGAGGAUCUGCUGCCAUCGAAGAGAAGCUUACCCGCCUCAACAGUGCUCGUCAAGAAGUUGAGAAGUCUCUGAAUGACGCCAACGACCGUCUUUCGGAGCAUGAAGAGAAGAACGCUGAUCUUGAGAAGCAACGCAGAAAGGCUCAACAAGAAGUUGAAAACUUGAAGAAGUCGAUCGAAGCCGUAGAUGGAAACUUGGCUAAAUCUCUUGAGGAGAAGGCCGCCAAGGAAAACCAGAUCCAUUCCCUUCAAGAUGAGAUGAACUCUCAAGAUGAGACUAUUGGAAAAAUCAACAAGGAGAAGAAGCUUCUUGAAGAGAACAACCGUCAACUUGUCGACGAUCUUCAAGCUGAAGAAGCCAAGCAAGCUCAAGCCAACCGACUUCGUGGAAAGCUCGAGCAAACUUUGGACGAAAUGGAAGAAGCUGUUGAAAGAGAGAAGAGAAUCAGAGCUGAAACUGAGAAAUCUAAGAGAAAGGUUGAGGGUGAACUCAAGGGAGCUCAAGAAACUAUCGAUGAGCUCUCCGCCAUCAAGCUUGAAACUGAUGCUUCCCUCAAGAAGAAGGAGGCUGAUAUCCAUGCUCUUGGAGUCAGAAUUGAGGAUGAGCAAGCACUUGCCAACAGACUUACCCGCCAAUCCAAGGAAAAUGCUCAACGCAUUAUUGAAAUCGAAGAUGAGCUUGAGCACGAGAGACAAUCUCGCUCCAAGGCUGACCGUGCUCGUGCUGAGCUUCAACGCGAGCUUGAUGAGCUCAACGAGAGACUUGACGAACAGAACAAGCAACUCGAAAUCCAACAAGACAACAACAAGAAGAAGGAUUCUGAAAUCAUCAAGUUCCGCAGAGAUCUUGACGAGAAGAACAUGGCCAACGAAGAUCAGAUGGCUAUGAUACGCAGAAAGAACAAUGACCAAAUUUCUGCCUUGACCAACACCUUGGAUGCUCUUCAGAAGUCUAAGGCUAAGAUCGAGAAGGAGAAGGGAGUCCUCCAAAAGGAACUCGAUGACAUCAAUGCUCAGGUUGAUCAAGAGACCAAGUCUCGUGUUGAACAGGAACGUCUUGCCAAGCAAUACGAAAUCCAAGUUGCCGAGCUUCAACAAAAGGUUGACGAGCAAUCGAGACAAAUCGGAGAGUACACUUCCACCAAGGGAAGACUUUCCAACGACAACUCCGAUCUUGCUCGUCAAGUUGAAGAGCUCGAGAUUCAUUUGGCUACCAUCAACCGUGCCAAGACUGCAUUCUCUUCUCAACUUGUAGAGGCUAAGAAGGCCGCUGAAGACGAGCUUCACGAGCGUCAAGAGUUCCAUGCUGCCUGCAAGAACUUGGAGCACGAACUCGAUCAAUGCCACGAGUUGCUCGAGGAGCAAAUCAACGGAAAAGACGACAUUCAACGUCAACUUUCCCGUAUCAAUUCCGAGAUUUCUCAAUGGAAGGCCAGAUACGAAGGAGAAGGAUUGGUUGGAUCUGAGGAGUUGGAAGAGCUCAAGAGAAAGCAGAUGAACAGAGUUAUGGAUCUUCAAGAGGCUCUUUCUGCUGCUCAGAACAAGGUCAUCUCUCUCGAGAAGGCCAAGGGAAAACUUCUUGCCGAAACCGAAGAUGCUCGUUCAGAUGUUGAUCGUCACUUGACUGUCAUUGCUUCCCUUGAAAAGAAACAACGUGCUUUCGACAAGAUCGUUGAUGACUGGAAGAGAAAGGUUGAUGAUAUCCAAAAAGAGAUUGAUGCCACUACUCGUGACAGCCGUAAUACCUCGACUGAAGUCUUCAAACUUCGUUCAUCCAUGGACAACCUCAGCGAGCAAAUCGAGACCUUGAGACGCGAGAACAAGAUCUUUUCGCAAGAGAUUCGCGACAUUAACGAGCAAAUCACCCAAGGAGGACGUACAUACCAAGAGGUUCACAAGUCUGUCCGCCGUCUCGAACAAGAAAAGGACGAGCUUCAACAUGCUCUUGAUGAGGCCGAGGCUGCACUUGAAGCCGAAGAGAGCAAGGUUCUCCGUCUUCAAAUCGAGGUUCAACAGAUCCGUUCAGAAAUCGAGAAGAGAAUUCAAGAGAAGGAGGAGGAAUUCGAGAACACUCGCAAGAACCAUCAACGUGCCCUCGAGUCCAUCCAAGCUUCCCUCGAAACCGAAGCUAAGAGCAAGGCCGAGCUCGCCAGAGCCAAGAAGAAGCUUGAGACUGACAUCAAUCAACUCGAGAUUGCUUUGGAUCAUGCCAACAAGGCUAACGUUGACGCCCAGAAGAACUUGAAGAAACUUUUCGACCAAGUCAAGGAACUUCAAGGACAAGUCGAUGAUGAGCAACGCAGACGUGAGGAGAUCCGUGAGAACUAUUUGGCUGCUGAGAAGAGACUUGCUAUUGCUCUUUCUGAAAGCGAGGAUCUUGCUCACCGCAUCGAGGCAUCUGAUAAGCAUAAGAAACAACUCGAAAUCGAACAGGCUGAACUCAAGUCUUCCAACACUGAGCUUAUUGGAAACAAUGCUGCUCUUUCUGCCAUGAAGAGAAAGGUUGAGAACGAGGUUCAGAUUGCCAGAAACGAAUUGGACGAGUACUUGAACGAGCUUAAGGCUUCAGAGGAGCGUGCCCGCAAGGCAGCUGCUGAUGCGGAUCGUCUUGCUGAAGAGGUCCGUCAAGAACAAGAGCAUGCAGUCCAUGUCGACAGACAACGCAAAUCCCUCGAGCUCAACGCCAAGGAACUUCAGGCUAAGAUCGAUGAUGCUGAACGUGCCAUGAUCCAAUUCGGUGCCAAAGCAUUGGCCAAGGUCGAGGAUCGUGUUCGUAGCCUGGAAGCCGAGUUGCACUCUGAGCAACGCAGACACCAAGAGUCCAUCAAGGGUUACACCAAGCAGGAGAGACGCGCUCGUGAGCUUCAAUUCCAAGUCGAGGAAGACAAGAAGGCGUUCGAUAGACUUCAAGAGAACGUCGAGAAGCUCCAACAGAAGAUUCGCGUCCAAAAGAGACAAAUCGAAGAGGCGGAAGAGGUCGCCACCCAGAAUCUGUCCAAAUUCCGACAGAUCCAACUCGCUCUCGAGAAUGCCGAAGAGCGUGCCGAGGUUGCCGAGAACUCAUUGGUUCGCAUGCGCGGUCAAGUUGUUCGUUCGGCUACCAACAAGUAAAUUUGCCCCCUGAAUAAAUUUCCAUGGUCCCCACACACAAAACUUCACUUCCCCAUUGACCUUCAAAACCUCUCGUCGAUUUUCUUCCUCCUGUCCAUCAUCUUUUUCAGCAGUGCUGCACACACAAAUAAUUUCUCAUAGUUUUGUAUUUUCCCCCACAUAUCUUGUUUAUAAUCAAGUUUUUCUCAGUUUCCUUUUUCCUAAUUGUUAAAGUUUCAGUCUCAAUCAUAUUCUCUCACUCUCUGUUUGAACGAUUCGCGCGCCGAGUCUCCGUUGAUCUUUAAAUUCUGUUGAUUUCUCCCGACGCUCCACACGUCUGAAAUUGAUAUAAUCUGAAAGUCUCGUUGACAUCAUAAUUCUUUCGAUUCUAGCGAUCGACCCUCCACAUUAUCAAUCAGUAAACUGCCUUCCAAAAGCCCCAGGCUCUAGAAAAUCAAAUCAAUUCAAAAAACGCAAACGGUGUGUCUGUCAUCAUCAUCAUCAACUCUUCUUUUUCAAGAAUAAAGUUGUAAUUAAGA